AUGGCUCCACUUCCUCCAGAUAUGCAGGUAAAAGUACAGCAUCGUAAUCACCAUUUAGAUGGAGUGUUGGUUUUGCCAAUCAUCCUGGCUUCUGUUGCACUUGCUAUCAUCUUGAUAUCGAUAUACUGUGGCUGGACCUUUCAGCGUAAAAGUCAUCGAAAUUCUGAUUUGGAGGACAUUCAACCAUCAGAGAUUAUGUUAGCUCUGACAUCGAGCAAGUCAAGAGAGAUGGUGGGCAGAAAAGGAUUGCUUCCAAUGAUUGAUUACACUUUGUUAGAAGCGGCCAGCAACAGUUUUUCUGAGUUUAAUGUAUUAGCCAAAGGGAUAUCUGGGGACCUGUAUAAAGCUCACUUUAACGAAGGCAUUACUGCUCUUGUGAAGAAGUUAAAUGGUGGCAAGCAGGAGUAUGAAAGAGAGUUUGAGAAUGAGAUAGAUCUGCUGAGUAUAAUAUGCCAUCCAAAUAUAAUCUCUCUUGUGGGUUAUUGUUUUCAUGCGGAGACUCGGUUCCUCGUUUAUGAGAUGAUGGAAAAUGGAACUCUGGAGGCACAGUUGCAUGGACCAACUCGUGGGUCAGCUUUAUCCUGGCACAUUCGUAUGAAAAUUGCAGUAGAUAUUGCAAAAGGAUUGGGAUUUCUUCAUGAGCACUGCAACCCGCCAAUUAUUCAUGGAGAUAUAAAAUCAUCUAGUGUUCUUCUAGAUUCUGAAUUUCAUGCGAAGAUUUCUGACUUUGGCCUUGCGGUAGCUGUUGGUAGUCAAAACAAAGCUAACCUCCAACGUUCAGCUGCUCUGGGUUAUGUUGCUCCAGAGUACGUCUUAAAUGGUGAAUUUACCGAGAAAAGCGAUGUCUAUGCUUUUGGAGUGAUCCUUUUGGAACUUCUGAUGGGAAGAAAACCAGUGGAGAAAACAGCACCAUCUCAAUGCCAAUCUAUUGUCACUUGGGCCGUUCCUCAGCUCACUGACAGAUUACAGCUUCCAAACAUAGUGGAUCCUGUGAUCAGGAACACUAUGGAGCUAAAACACUUGUGCCAGGUUGCAGCAAUUGCUGUUCUAUGCAUCCAACCAGAACCUGGUUACAGACCACUGAUAGCAGAUGUCCUGCACUCUCUCAUUCCUCUUGUGCCAAUUGAACUCGGAGGCGCCCGCUGA